AUGGAGUACCCUCCGCAAUAUCAACAGCCGCAUGGCCAGCAUCCACACGCACCCUCCCACAUCCCUGGCCCUUACCAAGCCGCGCCUCCGAACGCUGGCAGUGCCGUGGGCUCGAUGACAUCGCCCACACAGGCACCCAUGCAACAGCCUCACCAGACAUCACCCAUCGUCCCGGCGAACCAACAUUAUCAGCAGCCGCAGAAUGCCGCCGGCGCAGUCCACCAGCAGAUGAGCUUCCCACAGGGGUAUGGUGUCACUACCGCCAUGCCACAAGGUUAUGGCAUCUCGCCGACGCAGGCUGCUGCCAUGGCGACCGCUGCCGCGUCAGGACAGUUCUAUCCUCUUCACCAAGACCAGAUGGCCGGACAGAUGGCUCAGGGCCCCCGAGGCUCUCCACGCAUGGGUGGCGCCCAGGUGAAAAAUGAUCGCAACCCGCGGUCACCCCAGAUGCCAGGCCAGAUGCCCCCGAUGGGUUCACAAAUGCAGAUGGCGCCCAACUCACAGAUGCCCCAACGCCGGAUGAGCCAUGUGGGUAGUCCUCAGCAACCAAUCAUGAACCACGUCGGUAGACCGUCUGCGUCCAUGCAGCCGCCCCCAGUUGCAGUUCAGCAGCAACAGUCGUCGCCGGAGAUGGUCCCCGGAGGCGGUCAGGAAGAGUCGCCGCUUUAUGUCAACGCCAAGCAGUUCCAUCGCAUCUUAAAGCGCCGGGUCGCGCGACAAAAGCUCGAGGAACAGCUGCGCUUAACGUCCAAGGGUCGCAAACCUUAUCUGCACGAGUCGCGACACAACCAUGCCAUGCGUCGACCGCGUGGGCCCGGUGGCCGGUUCUUGACAGCCGACGAAGUCGCCGCCAUGGAGAAGCGAGAGGCAGAUGGCGAGGAAAACAAUGCAGGCCAAGAUGCUGGCAAGCCCGGCGAGAACGGCGCCGCAGCACAGAAACGGAAGUCCAGCGAGGUCAACGACUCGCAUGCCAAUUCCAGCAAGAAAGUCAAGAUGAGUGGCAGCGCCGAUGGCAGCGAGGCAGAAUCUGCCGACCCCUCGGAUGAGGAUGGCUGA